GCAAAAUUGGAGGCUGAAACAAGAUGGCUACAUCUAUAAAAGUUAUUUUAGCACUUGCCUUGUCCGGCUAUAAGGUAAGCGCUAAAAUAACUUUGGUAGAUGUAGCCAUCUUGUUUCAGGCCUCCGAUUUUUGCUUUUUUCUGACUUGGUAACUGUAACGCUGGUAACUCGGGUGUGACGUCAUUUUCAGCUCCGACAUCUAACUUCUAAGGUAACUGGAACGCACCAUAACUGUGAGGAUCAGGUUAUUCAGAGGUAACAAAUGUGCAGUUCCUCCAGUGUCCACUAGAGGCUGAGCCCUGCAGUGAGUCAGCCCUCAUAGAGCCCCAUGUUAAAAGUGAACAGAAGAAAAAAAAGAUGUAAGCAGGCUGGAAUAGAAACAGUUUGGGUCUCUAACUCAUUUCAACAACUCAUUCGUUUUAAAUAUAGAAACUCAAUAAUUCAUGUAUUUUUAGGAGUGAGAGAGCGAAACAGCAUACACUUCUAUCAGUAAGUAAGUGCUCGAACCAGCGCAGGACAUCCUAAAAAUGCUAACACUGCAUCAAAUUAAGAGGAGCUAAAGUUGAUGAAAAUUACCUUGGCACGAAGCUUUUAUUUUGAAGGGCAUGUCGGAAGUUUCUCUGUAAGAGUUUUUUCAUCCAGCUUGUUCCUGAGCCAUAAAUUCCUGAAGUUUGUCUCUUUUGUCCGGGGUCCGUCUGCGCAGUUAGAGUUGAGAAAUACAAUGAAAAUAGACGGAGAACCGAACCUGAUUUUACCCGGAUUUACCCAGUCUUUUGACUGACCCGUGUCAGCCCUGAGCGGGUCUGUGCAGGUCUCCAGGCCCCUGGUUUGAACUCCUUUAGGCGGGCUGAGGGUGAGGAGUUUGGGGGAGAAAUCCUGAUGGACGGAGAAGGAGGAAGAGGAGAGAAGAGGAGGAGCUGAGAGGUGGACAGCUAUGUGGCAUAACUUUCUCCUUCUUGACUGAAAAAAGCCGAAAAUCCACAGAGGUGAGUUCACCUUUAACUCUCUGAGACUUCAAACUAAUGUUUGAAAAAAGUUUGACAAAUCUCAGAAAGUUUACAAAACAAAAACUGUUGCUCGGUGUGAAGUCUGAGUUCAGGGCAGGGCCGAGGAGGACUCUGACUCUUCAGGACCUCAAAAACAACAAAAAACUCCAACAAGACCGAAACAAAGAGGAGAACCUUCACUUUUCUUCAGUUUACAAAGAGCUGACAUUUACAUUUAAUCAGUUCACUGUUGAAAUCUGCGUAAACACGAGCAAACAAGAGUCACUACUCAGACUGAAACAGGCUAAUAAAUCCACGAAGAGUCAGAAAAAUAACAGCAGCAAAAAGAUUUUAGGAGCUUAUUAUUUUAACGGUAAAAUGUCACAGCUUCCAGUUUAUCUGACAGUAUCUUAAAAACACAGAACAAAGAUAAACUAACAAAUAAAUAAGAAUAAGAACCAAAACUCUAAAAGUAAAGAAUAAGACCAGUUUUUUACCAUGUUUCAUUUUUACUGACUAGCUGUAACUUAAUCAUGACAUUUAUGUUUACCUUCUUGCUUCUUACAAAAUAGUUUUAAAAAAAAAAUCAUAAAUACACAGAAGCUUAUCAGGUCACAUUUAAUAUACACACCCCUGUUCUUUGAUAAAGAGAUUUCCAAGUCAGAAUUAUGAGGAAAAUUUUAGGACAUAAAAUCUAAGGCCCUGUUUUUUAUUUAUUUUUUAAUUAAUUAAUUAAUUUAAUAAGAUAAUUAUGUCAGAGUUCAGAAAAGUCUGGGUUAAAGUAGUCUGGUUUCUCUGGAUAAUAAAACAGCAGACUUUUUUAUACAAAUAUUUAUCCUUGUAAUUUUGAGGUAAUUAUCAGUUGAUUCAGAGAAAUGUCUGAAAAAUUAAGCUAACGUAGAAAUGUUCGCACAGGCUAAAAAGUUUCCUUUCCGACAGAAUGCCUCAUCAACAAAUCUGAACGUGAAUUUUUUCAGAGUUUCUGAGUUGGAAAUUCUCCAUAAAUCUGAUCUAAUAAUAAUUUAUUUGUUUGUUUUUUGUAUUUUUAUUAUUUGUAAAGUUUUCUGUGAACGCUGCUGUAAAUUUUGAUUCUUGUACAAUACUUAUGCAGGUGUGAACAUGCCACCACAGAACAGUCUGAAGAAACUAGAUCAGACGUUUUGGUGGUUAAAGCUCCUGUAAGAAAAGUUUUAGCUUGUGUUGAGUUUGGCAACCCCUGUGGACAAAGUGGGAGUAAUCAGCAUCUGCUAAUCGGAUUUAGUUUGUGUGAAUUAAAUUUUUAAGGAAAACAGUUAAGGAGGACAUAUGGAAAAGUGUUAAGUAGAAAACAGUUAAAUUACUGUCGUAUUUGUCGCUCUGCUGAAGAUCACCUUUAAACAUCAGAUUCACUGUUUUUACUGCAAAGCCGUGUCACCGACAUCUAGUCUGCAGAGUUUUCAGUCAGAUUUGUAAAUCUGUAAACACACUGAUGAUUUUCACCCCAUCAUACAAAAAGACUUCUAUUUUCUAACAGCUCCCUCAGCGUUCACAGGAGUAGAAAUAACAAAGAUACAAAGAGUCUUCGCUGAUAUGGUCUCAUUCCUGCAGGUCACACUGUUUCACAAGUCAGUAUUUACGGCAGCCAUCUUUAAUUUCAGGGAGUCAAACAGAAAAACUCUGAGCUCAGUCCAGCACCAUGUAGGAUAGAAAUCCCUGCUUUUUAAUCAGUCCAUCAGACCUGAACCCAGUUCAGUCUGUCAGGCUUUUGAUAUAAAUACAGUCAUAAUAAAGUCUUAAUGUUGGUGUAAGUGGUCAGUUACCUAAGUGAGCAUCUCUUCAGUCUGGAUCUGACUCACUCUGAGACUCUGCAUUAGUCAUGAUGGAGUCAGUCUGGUGAGUUCAGAGCUGAGAUCAUACAGAGCUUUCAACCACAAUGAGAGGAGUUAACACACACACAUAAACACACCCCUGAACAAACACACAGUUUACAGAUAAAACCACUGACAGCUUCUCUGAGUGAGGCUCAAACCUGCAGCAUGGACCUGGUUCUUCAGAAGUCCUGGUUUAUUGAACCCCUAGAGGUGACUCAGAGCAGAGGUGACAGAAAGAUCUCAGAUGUCAGAAAUCUGUGACCCUGCUUUUUCGUGAUCAUGAGCCAGGCCUGCUGUUUUAUAAUCUUAGAGGCUGUUUGUGAGUGAUGCUGCAGGACGACUGGAGAGGAAAAUACCUUCAGGCUAGGGCUGGGCAAUAAAACGAUAAUGAUAAAUACCAAAAAUUGAUUUCCGUCAAUAUUGAUAUGAAAAAUGGUCAAUGUGCUUUUCGAUAGCCGGCAUUCUGUCAUGUUUAGGUAGACUAUACGAAUAACCAAUGAAAAGGGGAGUUGAUCUGGGUUCGCUUAGCGCUGAACUAAUCAUGUGCUGAAUUAGAACCAAGUAGCAAGUAACUGCGUGGUAGCAGGCUGCAGCUACACACAACCAUAGCACUUUAAUAGGUGAAGCGAACAGAACUGUCAGUGAGAUAAAAAGAAAAUGAGUGCUACCCUCAGCAGAAAUGCAGAUGAAGGUUUAUCAGAUGACGACAUCAUCUACAACACUGGCAUGAAAACGUCAGUGGUGUGGAGGUGUUUCGUUUUUUUUAGGUUAAAGCAGAGUAAUGUGCACUGCAAAUUAUUUUGAGUACAUGUGAAAUUUCAUUUAAAAGUAACAGGGAACAUUUAAGAUUAACAAGUGAUUUUUUUAUAUCGCGAUACAUAUCGAUAUUGACUGAUAUGAAAAAAAAAUAUGUUGUGAUAAACUUUUUCCCAUAUCGCCCAGCAAUACUUUAGACUUUUUGGUUAAGCUGGUGUAAAACCAUUUAAUCUGUUUGUUUUCAGAGAUGGAGGGAGAGAAGGAGCGAGACAGGGAGCAGAGGGAGGAGAAGGAGAGUAACGAGGCAGAGGAGGACGAUGAGAGGAUCUCUGAUGACGAUGGAGCUGCUGAUAAUGAGGAGGAGGAGGAGGAUGACGACGAAGGCUCUGAGGGAGCCGCCAUGGUGUGGCAGGAAGGCUAUGGCGAGGACAACCUGGGCCUUCCCAUCAUGCACUGGGAGGCAUUGAGCCUUCGCAUCGCCGAGCUGGAGAAACAGGAGGAGGAGAAGAAGGCGAAGGUCAGUCUGAUCAGGUGUCCUCUGAGUCUGAAAAAAUCUGACAUUACAAAGAGGAAAAUCAAAGAUCGUAUUUCAUGUGUGAAUAUUAAAGUUUAGAUUUAAAGACACACUGAGGCUGACAGCAGAGUCCUGAACCCACCAGGUCUCAGUCUUUAUCAGUCUGAGCAGAUUCACGUGGUCAUUGUCAAGACUAGGGACCUGGACCCUGCUUUCAUGUAAUUUUGAUAAGAUCACUGUGUGAAAGUUUAACAUCAGAGUAUAAAAUCUUUGCUGUAUUUAAACCCUUUCAGUCACUUUACUAAAGCACAGAGAGCAGGGGGGUCAAUAUAAGAGGAGAGAUCUUAUAUUCAGUGCAUUUCAAUUACGUUCAUUUCAGCUGUAAUGAAGCCCCCGCUCCUGUGGUGGCGCAGUGGUCUGAAAAGACAGACAGGCAGUCACUGGAGAAACGCCUCUAAAAGUAGAUUUCUGACUUUUUUGACUUUUAGUAAAAUCCACUGACUUUGUGAGACCAGCAGCCGUGUGACGUUAAACUUAGUGUGUUUAAGGCUUUUCUGUUCCACAUAGACCAUCAGAGUACUUUCAGAGACUGUCAAAGAUCUGCAUGAACCAGCUCAAAGUUCAGUUCACUCAGAUUCAAAUGAACCGGUUCAGAAUUUGGACUGAGAUCAUGGUCCAAAUUCCAAAAACAAAAACAGCUCAUAUCAUUUUUUUAACUCUCAGAGCCUCUUGAAGCUUCAGUCCUCAUUUCCCCUAAACUAGUGUGACCAUAUUCUGACCACCCAAAAAGAGGACAUGACUACACGGGGGCAGAGUCACGGAGUCGCACAGAGUUAAUUUUGAGAGUUUUUCAGGUCGGAUCGAGUGUCUCUUACAUGCUUCUAACUCAGUAAGUCCACAUGACACAAACUCGAAACUUACAUACAAAACCGCAGACAUAAGAAGGAUUUUAUAAACUUCUUCGGACAAACCCGGACAGCCCCCAAAAAAGAGGACGUAUGGUCACCCUACCCUAAACUGAGCUGGACUCCUGUUAUCUACAGAGUCAAACAGAAGUUUCAAAACCAUUGUGGACUAAGAAGCCUUGAACAGACCCACUUUCCCCCAUAGUCCAGGGACAUAAACCAGGAACAUAACAGACCAGGAACAUAACACUGUGUGUGUGUAUUUUUCAGGGUUUGUCUCCUGAUCGGAGCAGAGCUCCUAUUGGCUGGAUGGAAGAGAGAGGGAGGAGGGGGGAGAGCUGGGAGGACCGAGAUGACGCCUGUAACAGCCAUGUGCUGGCCCUGACAUCACGGUAACACACACACACACAUACACACCUGUGAAUGUGUAACUCUGUGAGGCGUUUCGAUCCUCUUUGAAUUAUUGAACAGAAAUUAAAAACUUUAAAUCAGAAUCCUGGUGUUUUUCUCUCUGUAUUUUUUUGUUGUUUUUACUUAAAUUCACAAACUUUAUUCGACUGUUUCUGUAAAAAAAAAAAACAGGCAGAAAGUGUUCACUCUGAUCAGCUGUAAUAACAUCCUAAAGCCACCAGGGGUCACUGUCCUGCUGUUAGAGUCUGAAGCUACAAAUACACCCAGAGCUCUAGCAGACCUCAUCAGCUGAUCACUGUCCUCACAUAUCUGUGUGUGUUUUGUGGUCCAGGCUGCAGACCCAGAUGAACCUCCAGCUGUGCUUCAUCAACAACAGUGAGAGUGAGGAAGAGGAGGAGAAGGAGGGAGAGAGCAGUAAUAAGGAGAGCAGCAGCAUCCUGGUAAGACCCCUCAGUCCUAAUCUUGCAGGUUCAGAAAUGGUAUAAACCUGACCUUUUGUCACUCUUGUCUUCGUGUCUUUCCUCUCUGAUGAAGAGGGGGACGGCUCAGGUCCAGAAGAGUCCUCAACCUGCUGCCAAACCUGAGAAACCAAAGUCCAGAGGCUUUAGGAACACUCUGAGGAGCCUGAGAGACCGCUUAAGGACGGACCACAAAGCUCUGGUGAGUCAGGGGUUUAAAUAGUGUCCAAACCGGUCUGUAAAAAAAACAAUUGGGACAAAUCAGCUUCAACAAAAAACGUGGUUUAAAAAACAGGAAAACUGAACAUUAACAACUGCUGACACUCCUCAGUGAAACAUGCAACAGUCACUGAUUAAAAUCUGAGUUUGUUUUCAGUUUUCUUUCUUUGCUCGCUGUUACUCUGUAAACCCCUCCAAAGAAGAAAACACAGUCUUUGUGACAGUGCUGUGGUUUCUCCUGUUCUCAGUCUGCAGCUCGCUCUGACCCCGUUUCAAAGAGGAGACAUUUGGAGCGUAGCGACUUAAAGAAGUUCAGUAUGAAGGAGCUGAACGCCCUCAACAAGUCCCUCAGCAAGAACAUUCAAGGUAGCAGACUAAGCCCAGAAACUCUCUAUUCUCAUACAUCUCAAACCCCUGAGAGCUGAUCCACUCUGAUUUAACCUGUUUCUGUCUCAGACCUGAGCUCGGAGCUGGUGGGUCUACUGCAGGUCCGAGACCAGCUGAGGACGGAGCAGGACGCCAUGCUGCUGGAGGUCCAGGACCUGACCUCGCUGUGAGGAGAAGGAGAAAGGAGGAGGUGGUCUCUGACACACAAACGUUGAAACCUGGUCUGUGGAUGUUGUUGUGAGUCAAAGUGAAUGUCUCAGACACUCAGCAGCCAAUCGCAGAGGAGAGUCUGUCACCCGAGGACUCAGGUGUUUCAUUAGAGGGAUCAUCUUUGUGACCACAGGACUGAAUCCAGCAGCAGUGAACUUUAAAAGCAGACUGAAGUCCUCACAGUCCUGACACACAGAGACUGUGGUCACAGCCACAGCCAAACUCCUGAUUUAAUAGUCCUCCUCACAGACUCUAAACAGGACCCUACAGGAGUGAAGAGAAGUCUGUGGGACUGAGAUCUGCGUGUAAAACUGCACAUGGUACACCUGGAGUUUUUAAGCUUCAGAUGAUCUGCCUGGGGGUCAGACUGGAUCAUUGUGUUUUUAUACUGAGCUGAACGAACAGUUAGUUUCAUGAAAUUUGAGACUCUUGGAGUUAAGUCCAAAAAUCUGACUUUCAAUCUGAGAUAGCGUCAAACUUUGUCCAAACCUUUGACGUACCAACACACCAGCCGCACAUUUCCACAUUUCUGUUUCUUACAAAAAGGGAAAAUUAUUUUUUAAAGAUGAAACUGCAGAGCUCAGCGUUUGUGUUCACUGUCUCAUAUUCUUUGUGAUGAAUCAGUGAAACUUAAACUUGAACAUUAAUCUAGACAACAGCAAGAACAUAUUAGCUCCCUCACAGUCUCUGCUGUAGCAGUCAUUGAUAAGAAAACGCUGGAGCACAGAGAGAGAUGGUGACACUUUAAUCCAUCAAAAACAUCACAAACUUAAUAUCAAAUACUUGGUUAUGAGACAAACAUGAAGAAAAAACACUUAAAUGAGAGAAACAGAUUCAAUUUAAAGUAGAGGCACACCUCUAACUCUGGCCAGCAGAGGGCGCCUAUGUUACACAGAAAUGAUCACUGCUGGUGUAAAUCUAACAUAGGAAGAAAUUAUAAACACUAUUUACUCAAAUUAAUGGAGUUUAAAAACAAAGACUGAUGUAAAGUGGAAUUAUUAUCUCUGCUGCAUCUGCACGAGAUCAGCGUCCGUCCACACAAGAUAAGAUAACCGCCUUAUUUCCACAUGAUAACUUUUACACUAGAGACCAAGAAUGUUUACAUGAUGCAAAUCAAAUAACAGACAAAGAGGAUACAUUUCUGUAUGUGUCAGAUUAAGAUAUUAACAUGCAGAAUAGAUGUGGUGUCAGCCUAAUAUAGAAAACUGGAGCCUGCAAAGCCGAGAGGUGGUUCACAGAUGAUAAUAAUCAUGAUUAAAAUGAAAACUGUCUGGGACUGCAGAUAUUCUAUAGAAACAGGGUUUAGUCAGAAAAUCUUGAUAAUGUAAAGUUAAAGUCUGGUUUGGAUCUUGUCUGAGUCAGCUGAGUUCAGAGACUCUGGAUCUGGUUUACUAUAAUUUAAUGAUGCCUAGACUCCAUUUAACCCUAAUCUGCAAACAGAACAAUCUGAAUUUUAUUUUCCUUUAUGUCAGAAUUAAAAGUUCUUUUUUUGUUCACCUCUGCCUAAAUCAUCUAGUCACAUGAAGCACGUUUGAAUUUUUUACUAAAGUGCUUGAGUUUGUUUUUGGGAUUCAUGAGGGACGAGCAGUUUCUCUUUUUUUUUUUUUUUUACUGAAUUCAGUUUGUUUUUGUCGGUCAUGUUUUCAUCAGUCUUGGCACAAAUUUUUGAUAUAUAGUCAUUAACAAAAAUUGAAGCGAUAUUGUUUACAUGUUGAAAAAACUGAUCAUUUUUCAGCUUUUUAUUGUCCUUUUGAACAGAAAACUGCUCUCAUUUCUCAGAUGUAACUGAGGUCAAUGUUCCAUGAUUUCUCUUAUUUUGAGCUUUUUUAAGGUUAAGUGACUGUAUUAAACUUUAAUAAAAUGUUUUUACAUAACAAGAA